AUGGGCCACUUUCUCGAUUCAGCUGGCAAUGGAAAUGGCAACCGUAAUCGAUCUCCCAUGCCGGCACUCUCCGAGGUGACACUGGACGAGCACGUUCUCAAGUACGUGCAGCGAAAGUCGCCACCACCGGUUUCAGGCAUAAACUCGACUGAAGUUGUUGGCACUACGGUUGUUGGCUCAUCCGCUCCAAAUGAUUCAGCAGUUGGCGAAGCUUCCGAACAAUGUCCACCAUCAGCCCCUCCCACUGCCACCACCGCCAGCUUCAUGGAGUACGUCGCUUCUGCCAAGUUCAGCGAUGAGGUGGUGCUGCAGCUGUACAGCGACUACGUGCAGCACUGCUACCCGGCCACCUCGAUGACGGCCGCCGCCUACCGCGCCUACCUCGCCUCCAUCCAGCUGGACGUGCACCUGAGCGAGGCGAAGCAGAGCAGCCUCUUCCAGGCGUCCAACUACAAGACCCGCGGCUUCCUCUCCUUCAACGAACUCCUCCUCGGCCUGGUCUCCCUCGACCCUGCCUCCGCCCACUGCCGCGCCCGCUACGCCUUUGUCUUUCGCUACUACAACUCGGCCGGUGAUGGGGCGCUGAGCAAGGCGGACAUGGGUCGACUGCUGGCGGACACGCGCCCCUUUGCCCAGUGGAAGCCACAGUCGGGUGGUGGUGGUGCAAAGUCUGGCGGCGGGGGACUCAGCCUGGCCGACUUUGUGGAGGAGAUCACCAGCGAGAGGCUGAAGGGCACCGGCGCCCUCUGCCGCUCCACCCGCUCCGUGCUGAAGCUGCUCAGGGAGCACUUCUUUGGAAGUGGUGCCUCCUCGGUGGGCGGCUACGAGGUGAUCAGCUCGGCGGCGGUGCGCUCCGGGUCGCUGGUGGUAGAGCAGCUGGCGGCCAACUGCGCCCGCUGUCGCCCGAAGACGUACAGUCUGGCGGUGCACACAGUGGAGCUGGCCGGCGGCGGAGGAGGACUGCACAAGCCAAAGGUGGUGGGCAUUCCUGGCGGAAGUGGAAGUGGAAGUUUGGCCAUUGAAGCCGACGAUCAAACAUCAGCAGCAUUGAACAGCAACAACAGCCUGCCCGGCCACCUGCUCACCGCCAUCAAGCGCCAGCACUCGCUGGAGCUGACCUUCAGCCGAACGGCCGUCGCCGGGUACGUGCUCGAGCUGGUGCGCCGCCUGCGCGACUUUAACCGCCUCUCGGCGGAGCGGCAGUCGGUCGUCCGCACCGAGGUCACCGCCGCCCUCACCGUGGGCCUGGUGAACGCCCUCUGCGAGGAGGUCUCCGAGGUGCUGGCGGCUGAGUCGCGCGUCCUCCAGGUUAGCACGCCCACCUUCGUCAUGGGCGACAUUCACGGCAACAUCAACGACCUGCUCACCUUUGAGCGGCAGCUGUGGCCGAUGGCGCCCAUGGCGCAGACGGCCAACGUCCUCUUCCUCGGCGACUACGUCGACCGGGGCGAGUUCGGCGUGGAGGUCGUCUGCUACCUCUUUGCGAUGAAGCUGCUGGCGCCGACGCGCUUCUUCCUCCUGCGGGGCAACCACGAGAUUCGCCAGAUUCAGCGCAACUUCACCUUCGAGAAGGAGUGUCUGGACAAGUACGGCACCGGCGGCGCCGGCCUGGCCGUCUUUGAGAAGUUCAACUCUGCCUUUGACCAGCUGCCCUUCUCUGCGGUGAUCGACGAGUCGAUCUUCUGCGCCCACGGCGGCAUUCCCUUCUCAGUGCUCACCAUUGACGGACUCAAUCAGCUGCCCGGCGGCGUGGCAGAGCCGGAAAAGGAGGCGCCGGCUAUUUGGGAGAUCCUCUGGUCGGACCCGAUCACCACGCCGGAGUACGUGCAGCUGGCGGAGUUCAUGAACAAGAAGGAUGACAGCGGCUACCUCUCCAACAUGAAGCGCUCCACGGCGUUCUACUUCAGCGAGCUGGCCACCAGCGCCUUCCUCCGCAAGAACUGCCUCAGCCGCGUCAUCCGCGCCCACGAGGUGAUCAACGAGGGCUACAAGCUGAACCACCGCGGCACCGUCAUCACCAUCUUCAGCUGCUCGCGCUACUGCGGCGCGCCGAACAAGGCGGCGGCCAUUCUGGUGGAGGGCCACUCGCAACUAGGAUUCAUCAAGAUUAUUGCACUCGAUACAUGA